GUGAGUGAGUGAGUGAGAGAGCACAGACUCGAGGUGUGGAAUUCUUGGGCAGACAUCGCAACCAUUACACCUCUUCCUACUGUUCUGCCUCAGUCACUGUCUGUGGAAAAGGGCUAUUAUUUAUUGCAAACGGAGGACUCCUUCAACAGAAGCCAAAAGAAAGGGGGAGAAAGAGUGGAAAAAAGAGUGAGAGAGAUAAGAAAGAGAAAGAGAAGAACUAAAGCAACAACUGGACAGCCGGAGCAAACUGACUGCUCUCCCUGUUUAAAAGAAAGGAAGGAAAACGGAAGGCACUGGAGUAUUUGUUUUUUUCUUUCGUUUUGUUUUUUUCUUCUUUCUCAUCGUGGUGCUGGGAGGCACAUCAUCCUUUCAGUUGUUCGCUCUCUCCAUCAUUUGCCUCCUGAUCUAUUUCUCCAUUUAUUUGGUGUAUAAUUUUGUCUAUUUAUGACGAGGCAGGGGCGAAGAGAAAGAAGGGGCAAGUUUUUUUCUUUUAUUUACUCUCGUUUUUGACUAUUUAUGACCCCCUUCAUUCCCUCACCUGUCUCUCCUUCCCUCAGAUCAUCCCCUUAUCCCUCCAUCCCUCCCUCCAUCCUUUCAUCUGGAAAGUGUGAUGCUCCCUGAAUGAAAGUUGGUUGGAAUUGCGAAAGGAACUCACAAGCCAUCUCCUUAUCGUUUUUUUUAAAUUCGUUUUCUUUCUCUUUCUGUCUUUUUUUUCAAACAGUUCUUUUGAUCCUCCACCAUCUACCCUCACGUAUCACUCUUUUUUUCCCUGGAUGCUUUAAUAUUCUUCUAGUGUCAUGAGAAGGACUCGGUCCUGAAGGACUUAUAUGGAUACCUGAACCAAUGACAAUAUAAGACCAGACAGCACUUCUACAAGCCUCUCACUACUGGAUUCUGCUGGACAUCGAGAUACUCCAGAGUUUGUGGACUUGUUUACAGAUGAAAAUGAACUUUUAGUCUAACCAAGAAACUCUUUAUCUUCUUCUCUUUUUUCAUUUUAUAUUACAUUUUGUAGGCCUAUCUUUGUCCUGGUUCAUUUUCAACUUUAAUAUCCAUUUCUUAGAUUUGAUAUAAGACUUUUAACUUUUCUUGAGUGACUGAACAUCAUUCGCAUAGCUCAAACCUUACUUGUCUUUAAUUUUGUCUUCAUUUCUGAGCCAGGCAUCUUCCCUACUUUUCUUGAGUGACAUUUCUUGAUAGUUUUGAUUCAGUGUAGCCUGUGCUCAGCCAUCCAGCCUGGAGUUUACUUUUGUCCACGGUCUUUACACCACCCCUACUUUUUCUUACCAAUCCUUCAAACUACUUCAGCGGUCAGUAACACCUUCAUCCAGGGCUAUGAGAGGACGAGACAAGACCCAGCUCACAUCAUCAUGCAGGAGUUGAGGAGAGACAAUGGGAGUUGGGCUGGCAAUGUUCAAGGGACUGUACCUUCACUCCUCCGCCAUGCUUGUCAGCCUCCACCUCUCCUCUUCCCCUUUCUCCGACUGCCGCGUCCUGUCUUUCGUCUCCCUUGUUUCCUCCUUCAAACUGCCCCUCUACAUCUCGCUCCUUCUCCUAUCGCUCUUCUUCUUCCCCACCUGCGAGUCUCGCCGCGGAGGUGGGAUCGGGACGCCCACCGGAGGCAUGAACAGCCAAUCGAUUAUCAGUCCUCCUCAUUAUCCACCACCAGGAGUCAGUCCAGUGGGUCCUCCCAUGUCACCAAAGUUUGCUCAAGGCCUUAGCAUCGCGGUGAUCCUAGUGGGAAACUCCAGCGAGGUGUCGCUUUCUGAAGGUCUGGAGAAAGAGGACUUUCUACACGUGCCUCUUCCACCGAAAGUCGAGCUGGUCACCAUGAAUGAAACCGACCCUAAGAGUAUCAUCAACCGCAUCUGUGCUCUGAUGUCACGCAACUGGCUCCAGGGUGUGGUGUUCGGGGAUGAUACCGAUCAGGAGGCCAUCGCCCAGAUAUUGGACUUCAUCUCGGCUCAGACGCACAUCCCCAUUCUGGGUAUCCGUGGAGGGUCUUCCAUGAUCAUGGCUGCCAAGGAUGACCAUUCCAUGUUCUUCCAGUUUGGUCCCUCUAUCGAGCAGCAGGCCUCUGUUAUGCUGAACAUAAUGGAGGAGUAUGAUUGGUACAUUUUCUCCAUCGUCACCACCUAUUACCCUGGACACCAGGACUUUGUCAAUCGGAUACGGAGUACCGUUGAUAACAGUUUUGUCGGCUGGGAGCUGGAAGAGGUGCUGCUGUUGGACAUGUCAGUGGAUGAUGGAGACUCGAAGAUCCAGAACCAAAUGAAGAAGCUCCAGAGUCCUGUUAUACUGCUGUACUGCACUAAAGAAGAAGCCACCACCAUUUUUGAAGUGGCACAUUCUGUUGGCCUCACUGGUUACGGUUAUACCUGGAUCGUACCAUCUUUGGUGGCAGGGGAUACAGAUAAUGUGCCCAAUGUCUUUCCAACAGGGUUGAUCUCUGUCUCUUAUGAUGAGUGGGACUAUGGCCUGGAGGCUCGAGUGCGUGAUGCUGUAGCCAUAAUCGCCAUGGCAACCUCCACAAUGAUGCUGGACCGGGGUCCUCACACGCUGCUGAAGUCUGGAUGCCACGGCGCACCUGACAAAAAAGGCAGCAAGUCAGGAAACCCCAACGAGGUGCUGAGGUAUCUCAUGAAUGUGACGUUUGAAGGACGCAACCUCUCCUUCAGCGAGGACGGUUUUCAGAUGCACCCAAAGUUGGUUAUUAUACUGUUAAAUAAGGAGAGGCAGUACGAAAGGGUCGGUAAAUGGGAGAACGGGUCUCUGGCGAUGAAGUACCACGUGUGGCCCCGCUUCGAGCUGUACUCGGACGCUGAGGAGCGCGAGGACGACCACCUGUCCAUCGUCACACUGGAGGAGGCACCGUUCGUGAUUGUGGAGGACGUUGAUCCUCUCAGCGGCACCUGCAUGAGGAAUACAGUCCCCUGCCGAAAACAGCUCAAACUCCAAAAUCUGACAGGAGAUUCAGGGAUCUACAUUAAACGCUGUUGUAAGGGCUUCUGUAUAGACAUCCUCAAGAAGAUCGCCAAGUCUGUCAAAUUCACCUACGAUCUCUACUUGGUGACCAAUGGGAAACACGGCAAGAAGAUCAACGGCACAUGGAACGGAAUGGUUGGAGAGGUGGUGCUGAAGAAUGCCCACAUGGCAGUGGGGUCUCUGACCAUAAACGAAGAGAGGUCAGAGGUCAUUGACUUCUCAGUGCCCUUCAUCGAGACCGGGAUCAGUGUCAUGGUAUCUCGUAGCAAUGGCACAGUAUCUCCAUCUGCCUUUUUAGAGCCCUUCAGCGCUGAUGUGUGGGUAAUGAUGUUCGUUAUGCUGUUGAUAGUUUCAGCCGUGGCCGUCUUCGUCUUUGAGUACUUCAGUCCUGUCGGCUAUAAUCGCUGCUUGGCAGACGGACGAGAGCCUGGCGGUCCCUCCUUCACCAUCGGAAAAGCUAUUUGGCUUCUUUGGGGUUUGGUCUUCAAUAACUCUGUCCCCGUGCAGAACCCCAAAGGCACUACUAGCAAAAUCAUGGUUUCGGUCUGGGCCUUCUUCGCUGUGAUUUUCCUGGCCAGCUACACUGCCAACCUGGCUGCAUUCAUGAUUCAAGAGGAAUAUGUGGACCAGGUGACUGGCCUGAGCGAUAAAAAGUUUCAACAUCCGAAUGACUUCUCCCCUCCGUUCCGCUUCGGUACUGUGCCCAAUGGCAGCACCGAGAGAAACAUAAGGAACAACUACAAGGAGAUGCACAGUUAUAUGACCAGCUUCCAUCAGAAGAAUGUAAACGAGGCCCUUCACAGCCUGAAGUCGGGUAAAUUGGAUGCAUUCAUCUACGAUGCAGCGGUCCUGAACUACAUGGCCGGACGUGAUGAGGGCUGUAAGCUGGUGACCAUUGGCAGUGGUUAUAUCUUCGCUACUACAGGGUAUGGCAUUGCCAUUCAGAAAGACUCAGGCUGGAAAAGAGCAGUGGACCUCGCUAUUCUGCAGCUCUUUGGAGAUGGUGAGAUGGAGGAACUCGAGGCCCUGUGGCUGACUGGCAUCUGCCACAAUGAGAAAAAUGAGGUGAUGAGCAGUCAGCUGGAUGUAGACAACAUGGCCGGUGUGUUCUACAUGCUGGGAGCUGCAAUGGCCCUGUCCCUUAUUACGUUCAUAGCAGAGCACCUCUUCUACUGGCAGCUGAGAUUCUGCUUCAUGGGUGUGUGCUCGGGCAAGCCUGGCAUGACCUUCUCCAUCAGCAGGGGGAUCUACAGUUGCAUCCACGGUGUUCAGAUUGAAGAGAAUAAAUCAGCUCUUAACUCACCAUCAGCCACUAUGAAGAUGAACAUGAACAACACCCACUCCAACAUUCUCCGCUUGUUGCGUACUGCCAAAAACAUGACCUCUGUGCCUGGGGUCAAUGGUUCACCCCACAGCGCAUUGGACUACAGCCACCGUGAAUCAGCCGUUUAUGACAUCAGCGAACACCGGCGCAGCCUAGCAGGCCACUCAGACUGCAAGCCUCCACCGUAUCUACCAGAGGACAACAUGUUCAGCGACUAUGUAAGCGAGGUGGAGAGGACUUUUGGGAACUUGCACCUGAAGGACAGCAACCUGUACCAGGAUCAUUACCUACACCACCAUGGGGGAUCUGAACUGGCUCUCGGUAUGUCGGGUCCCCUGCCUAACCGACCUCGUAGCUUAGGGAGUGCCAGCUCAUUGGAGGGUGGGUACGAUUGUGACAGUUUAGGGGGAGGGGUAGCGCCCAUCUUUACCACCCAGCCACGGCAGUCGCUGACACAUCGGAACAGGGAAAAGUUUGACCUGAUUGCAGGUCACCCAACCCAGUCAAGCUUCAAGUCUGGCCUGCCUGAUCUAUAUGGAAAGUUCUCCUUCAAGGGUGGGGCAUCCAGUUCAGGGUUUAUUGCAGGACAUGACAGGUACUGCGGGGGAGGUGGGGUGGGAUCGGGAGGGGACGAUGGAAACAUUCGAUCCGACGUGUCAGAUAUUUCCACUCACACUGUGACCUACGGGAACCUUGAAGGGCACAGCAAACGGCGCAAGCAGUACAGGGACAGCCUAAAAAAGAGACCCGCUUCUGCCAAGUCUCGCCGUGAACAGGAUGAAAUUGAGCUUGGCUUCAGGAGACGUCCCCACCACACUAUCCAUCAUCAUCACCACCAUCAUCCAGCAACACAAGCACACCGCUCAGCCACCCCUCCUGUGGAGCGCAAGAGCCAGAGAGGUGGUAACUGCACCUCCUAUCUGUUCAGAGACAAAGAGAAUUUGAGGGACUUUUAUGUAGACCAGUUUCGAGCCAAGGAAGGCGCAUCCCCAUGGGAUUUGGAUUUAAGUGAUGCUCCUGGAAUGGGUGGAGGAGUGGGACUGGGCGGAGGCAGCUGCGGUGGAGUAGUUAGUAGCGGUGGUGCUGGGGGAGCAUGCACUAGUUUGGUUCCCAUGGAAGAUUUCCUGAAAGAUAAGGUGAACCAGAACCCAUUCAUCCCAACCUUCGGCGACGACCAGUGUCUAUUACACGGUGCCAAAUCUUACUACAUCAAAAAGCAGCAGGCACAGCCGCAGCAGCAACAGACGCCGCAGCAGCAGCAGCAACAGCUCCUCAACAACAGUCGGGCUGACUUCCGGGGCUCCAUGGGGGUGACUUCCUAUUUGCCAGCCUCUGCAACUUCUGGGGUGCUUUCCAAUGUGGCCCCUCGGUUCCCCAAGGAGUUAUGUCUAGGUGGGCCUCUUGGCAACCACCACGGAGGAGGACCUAGCAACAACAAGCUGCUGUCAGCAAGGGAUGGGUUAGGAAUGGGUCAAGGACAGAGACCGUUUAAUGGCUCGAGCAAUGGACAUGUUUACGAAAAGCUUUCCAGUAUAGAAUCUGAUGUCUGAAGAGGAUAGGCAGAAACAGACAGAAAUUUGGAAAAGAAGCCAACGGACAUACAGAACGAUGAUUGAGAGAAAACUGGAACGGCAGUGUGUAAUUAGUAUCUUCAGGCUCACAAAAAGAAGAGGAAACCGUGUGUGAGGAACUGACUUAUGCUUUCAUGAAGUUACACGGAUCAUGCGCUGCCAAGCACACGUAUGUAAAUAGAGCGAGGGGACCUGCCCACUGUCGAAAAAGUUGAGAUUUGGGGAAAAAGCCUGUUCAUUCCUCUCUUUUAUUCUUGUUAUUUUUUCUCUCUUUUUUGUUCUUUUUUUUGUAUAUCUCACAAUUUCCCUGCUCCUAACAUCAAAUAGUGGCCAAUUCAGAUGGAGACAACAGUGUACAAUAAUUUGUACGAUCUCGGAUGGAAAUCAGUUACUCUUUUUUAAACAACAGGGUAAAACUUACAAUAAUUGUAUUAAUAAUGUUCUUGAUAAUAAUAUUAUUAUAUAUUAUUACAAUGUUUAUGAUGUUCCAUUUGGGCUUGGUUUCUGGAUGUUUUAUGCUGUUAUAUAUUUGUACUGUAGUUUCAGUUCUUAGUUACAAACCACUAAGCGGGAGGCUUACUUGAUUUCUCAGUUGAACAUAUUUGAUUGUUAAUCGAGUUGUAGACAAACUUGGAUUCCAUAAAGGUUCUUAAUUAUUGGUUAUUCAAGUUUAUUUUACCAGUAUGGAGUGCUGUAACGUGUGUACAAGGCAUGAUUUGCAAAGUACUUCAACUGUACUUGAGAUAUCAUUGUGAAGGAAUUGUAUUUAUUUUAUAGUGUUCCGUUUGUAAGAACAAUAUUGGUUUAAUACACAGCACGUUAUGUGCCUUACCAAGACUUACAGAAUACCAGAUUUACAGGUCAUAUUGCCAUGGUAACUUUAUGGUCACUGCACACAGAUUUGUCAUGGGAUGAUUCAUGCUAUUCUGAAAUUUUCCUUUUAAUGAUAUAAGCACUGAUAUGGAAUAUCCAGCAUUGAGGAGACGUAAAGUAGCCUGAAUGUGUUCGUAGUGUUAAUUUCGAGUUCAAAAGAAAACCAGUUCAAUUAUUAUUCUAAUAAAUGAUGAUAAUAGAAACAGGAUAUUUUAUAUUUGCACAGCAUUGUACAAUGCACAGUAUACUUCCUGAGUGUUGUGCUGUAGAGCGCUACAUUUGAAUGGCUUUCUACAAUACAGAAGCAGAAAUCAGUCAUUUUUUCCACUGCCCCCCAUCUCCAAAGGAAGUCUUUGAUCAAGCAGCAAAAAUGACAACUGUGUUAUGGAUUUAUUUCCUAGUUAGUAUUAGAUAUGCUUAUCUGUACUUUCCUUAGGGAGAUGCCAGUGCACAGUAUGUAGGGUUUUGCAAAAUUCUCAGAAAAUGCUUGCAUUUUUUUAUGUAAAUAUUCAUUUUUUUCCACUCUGUACAGUACAUAGACAGAAAGGAUGUAAUUCUACAGAUUUAUGUUUUACCAUAUUGGUUAGAUAUUUAAAGUAUUAAAUUAAAGGUCAUCAACCCAACUUUGCUGCAAAUUUUAUUCGUUAAAAAUCAACAUACAUUCACCCUAUUGUUAUUUAGCCAAAUGCAAUCCUUUACUGUACCUGCACAACAGAACUGAGAUUUUCUAGAUACUAAAGUUUAUGCCAGUCAAGAAUAUUUUAAUAUCAAUUAAGACAUGAUGGCGGUAGGGAUGACACCAUUUAAUUUAAUUUGCAGUUUUAAUACCCACUUGAAGUAGAGGCAUUUCUCAGGAAUUUUUUGGAUGGGCACAGGCAAAAACAAACAUAUCAUUUAACUAAAUUACCUAAUUAACUAAAUCAAUAAACCAAUGAACUCAUUUAACAGGAUAAACGAGAGCCACGUGAGGUUCAUUGCAAGUACUUAAGACUCUCGUUUUAGGACUCUUUAUUUUUACCUCAUGGCAGGGCAGUCUGAAGACAUUGUCUUUUUUUUUGGCCCACAGCUUAGAUAAAAUCCUUUACUUGAAGUUUGUCGUGUUUAUUGCAGAUUACUUUUCCUUUGUGAAUGAACUGUUAAGCGAACAGAUCUCCACUUUAAGCACAAUAUUUAUAAUAUUUGGUUUAUAAUUGAUGUAUAGCUAUCAAUUUGUGGAUUUUUAACUUUUUUGCCACAUUCUUUUUUGACUCAGUUGUCUUUGUGUGAGGGUUUGUGUUUAAGAUAAGCAUGCAUGUCUUUUACUUAUUUAUUGCCAUAUCUUUAGCUUUUCAUGUCAAAUUUUAGAUAUCAUGCCUGCUUUUUUGUGGGUGAAUAUGUUUAUGAACUGCGCAUAAUACAGGCGAUACGGUACAUGUGGUGAUUCUAAUGAAAUAUUUUCAAAUGGAGUUACAACUCGCUAGGUUUUGUCUGGAGUAUUGGCACAGCAGGCAUCAUUUUUAAAGAUCAUUCUUGAAUCUACAGCUAUUUUUUUAGCACAAGAUUUUUUUGCUCUCACGAUACCUUUCUUUGCAUGGUACCAUUUUUAAGUACCCUUCAGAUUUUUUUAUGCUUGGUCUACUUUUCUCAUUUUCCUUUUACCUGAACAACGUGGCAUUUUUAAGAGUUAGAGAUGUGGUGACAGACUUCGACCAUUGCAUUUCCUGCCAAACUCUGUGUGUUUUGGAGAGUCGAGCCUAUAAUUUUUAAUAGUAUUACUGUAUGUAACGGAGGUAUUGUGUGAUUGCGUGUCUGGACAGUUGCCUUUGCUCGUCCUGAAAAGCUUUCCAGUUUUGUAUUCCAUUUUUUGAAGAUGUGGCCUUGUUAAAGUACGCUAAUAUCAUUCGACUAAUGACAACAGGUUUAGUGCGAGACGACAUUUGCAGCAGAAGACACAAGGGUGGUGGGCCGAAAAACUUGGCGAAAGAGGGAUAGUAGCCAAUGUUCUGUGUUAUUUCAUGGUUUUAUUUCCCUUCUCAUUUCUUUCCCGAUUACGGGAAGGAUAUGAAUACACUAGUUUUUGGUUUGUCAUUUUAGCACCCUCCCCAGUAAGGUACGUCACAUAUGAUUGUACGUGUAUCAGAAAUCAUAUGCUUGAUUACCUCUGUGUGCGAGUGGACAUGUGUGCGUGCAGGUGUGUGUGUGUGUGUGUGUGUGUGUGUGAAGGAAACAGAGCACAGUGCAAUGGUUAUCUAUUAUCUCUGCUGUAAAUAAUGAUGUCCCCUUUCCAUAGCCUUUUAAUAUAUGGAGACAAAUAUUUAAAAUAUUGAAAUUUGAGAUACAUUUUUUGUCUGGAAGAUUUUUUAUAUAGCCACAUGGGGAAAACGUUAUUAGACCACUGGACCAGGAGCACAGUGCCAUUCUAAUAGCAUCCGAGAACCAGAAUUCAAGACAAAAUGUACACCUCUGUUGUCUUUAAUUCUGUCCUUCUUGUAUUUUAACCACUUAUUUUCAAUGUUACUUCGAAACCACAAUUGUACAGAUUCUGUAAAUAUGACAGAAAUUGUUUUUCUUUUUUUUUCUGUUUUUGUAUAGAGAGAGAUUACGUGUUAAGGCUACAAUAAUAAUUUAAUGAGACAUUUCACAAUACUUAAGCUAUUGAGAAUACAGACACAGUGUGAAAACAAGUGCUAAGAUAUAUUCUUCUGUCUCUUUGUACAAAACAGUGUUGACUAAAAACAAAAUAAAAGGGAGAGAUCUCAAGCCCUA